GAGGGAAAGGCAAAGAGAGAGGUGUCUACAGGCUCCAUUGAAACAUUUGCAAGAGGAAGAGCUGAAUGGUAGCUACACCCUGCGCCUGGAAGCGUAGAGACACUGUAACAAAGGCUGGCAAUUAUUUUUUUUUGCAAUAACAAAGAGGUGGGAGAGGGGGCUCUGAAAUCGAGGGAAAUAGCAAAAAAAAACAAAACAAAAAAAUACAUCUUUCAGGGGGACUUCUGCUUCAUUUCACCUGAAAGACUCACCCCUUCAGCCAUCAUCAGCAUGACCAUAAGCUAUAAGUAACAUACGGCAAUAACGGUGCCAAAACGAGAUUUUUUAGCGACAGACGCGCGCAAUCCUAUUUUGAUUUCUUCUUAUCGUGGGGAGAAAGAAAACAGACCAACUGAAUGCCUGCGAGAAACUGGAUACUCUGUGAAAUCAUAAGAAAAAAGCGAUCUCACAAAGAAAACUACAUUGUGAUUGAUCUUUAAGCUUGAUGUGCGCGUCUCUGCACGCACUCGAAACGAACCUGAACCAAAAGCAAACUCCUCAGACUCCUCCCUCCUCCUCCCUUCGGUUUCUCUCAUCCUCUCCCUCCCCCCCGGUCCUCUAUGCUCAGUUCGGUGUGUGUAUCCUCUUUCAAAGGGCGCAAGGGUGGGAACAAGUCGUCCAACAAAGCAUGUUACAGCGCAGACAUGACUUGUCCGUCGGAAAGCGAGAAAAUCGUGAUAAACUGCGGGGGGGUGCGGCAUGAGACUUACCGGAGCACCCUAAAAACGCUGCCCGGCACCCGCUUAUCGUGGCUCACCGAGCCGGACGCGUUCAGCAACUUCGACUACGACCCCAAAUUAGACGAGUUCUUCUUCGACCGCCACCCGUCAGUGUUUUCCUUCAUCCUCAACUAUUACCGCACCGGGAAGUUGCACUGUCCCAACGAUGUGUGCGGUCCCCUGUUCGAGGAGGAGCUGGCUUUCUGGGGCAUCGAUGAGACUGAUGUGGAGGCGUGUUGCUGGAUGAAUUACCGGCAACACCGGGAUGCGGAGGAGGCGCUGGACAGCUUCGAGAAUCCAGAACCGGACGCGCCGGACGACGAGCCCGCGCUGGGCGGUGCGGACGGGGACUUGAAAAGACUGUGCAUGCAGGAGGACGCGAGGAAAGCGGGCUGGUGGAAAACCUGGCAGCCCCGAAUAUGGGCUCUCUUCGAAGACCCGUAUUCCUCCAAAUAUGCUAGGUAUGUGGCAUUUGGCUCCCUGUUUUUCAUCCUCAUCUCCAUCUCCACUUUCUGCAUGGAGACACAUGAGGCCUUCAACACCAUCCUGAACAAGACAGAGAACGUCACGGUGGGCAACACGACCCGGGAGGAGAUUGUUUACGAGGUGGUGACCGACAGCUGGUUGACAUACGUGGAGGGCGUGUGCGUCAUCUGGUUCACCAUUGAGGUCCUGCUGCGAGUCACCUUCUGCCCAGACAAGCUUGAGUUCUUCAAAAGCAGCCUCAACAUCAUCGAUUUCGUCGCCAUCCUGCCCUUCUAUCUGGAGGUGGGCCUGAGCGGUCUGUCCUCCAAAGCUGCCAAGGAUGUCCUGGGGUUCCUCCGCGUCGUCAGGUUCGUCCGAAUCCUCCGAAUCUUCAAGCUGACCCGCCACUUUGUGGGUCUCCGUGUCCUGGGCCACACCCUGCGAGCCAGCACCAACGAGUUCCUCCUACUGAUCAUCUUCUUGGCCCUCGGUGUCCUCAUCUUCGCCACAAUGAUCUACUAUGCUGAACGGAUUGGCGCAGACCCAGACGACCCAACUGCCAGCGCCCACACCAACUUCAAGAACAUUCCCAUUGGGUUUUGGUGGGCCGUUGUCACCAUGACCACGCUGGGCUAUGGAGAUAUGUACCCGGAGACGUGGUCAGGGAUGCUGGUGGGUGCUCUGUGUGCCUUGGCUGGUGUGCUGACCAUUGCCAUGCCUGUUCCUGUUAUUGUCAACAACUUCGGCAUGUACUACUCUCUGGCCAUGGCAAAACAAAAGCUGCCCAAAAAGAAGAACAAACACAUCCCAAGAGCGCCGCAACCAGGGUCCCCCAACUACUGCAAGCCAGAUGCCCUGGCUAUGGCUACUGCAUCACCGCAAAGGCUCUUGGGAAAUGUCCUAGGUGGAGUGAUGGGGUCCGGAGGCCUUGGGGGUGACUGUCCUCUUGCCCAAGAAGAAAUUAUAGAGAUCAACAGAGAUUCCAAGCAGAACGGCGAUGCAGCCUCGGCCGCCCUGGCUAACGAGGACUGUCCCACCAUCGACCAGGUGCUGAGCCCAGACGAGAGGAGCCCUAUUGGGCGAGGGCCUACCCGGGAACGCUACCAGCAGGACCGCGCCUGCUUCCUGCUCAACACCAGGGAAUUCCGUGCCACAGAUGGGAAUGUGCGGAAAGUGUUAAGUUUCUAGCAUUCGCCUUCUCUCUAAUGAGGAGUCAGUUACCGGUAAACACAAUUUUGCGGCGGGAGCCACGUAAGCUACAGGUGUGACAUGGAUAAAGGAGAUCUUUGGGGGUGGAGAGACCAGAGGUUAAUCAUGAAUUUAUAAAUCACAUGGUCUGCUCUUCAAGUUGUUACCAAAGCAGCCUCUUGGAACUCCGCACCAUUUUUGAAAACGGCCUGACUGACUUUUUGUUUUUUCUCGGCAAACUGACUGAGCAUUGCACUGACACGCUUUUGGGGGAGAGAAUGGACUCCUGAUUACACAUUCCAGAUGAUAUUUCUCCGACAACACUAUACUCGCCAUCAUGUAUGAUGACCAACUCCGCACCACCUGCAGUGCUGAGCAACAACUGAGCAACUUUACAAGCUUCUGAAAAAAAACACUUGUCUUCACAAAGGACUGAAUGAACAAUGUAGCAUCUCUGCUAACAUAUUGUAGCAUUUGUUGGCUGGGGAAUAACUUCACUUAAUCCAUCAAUGGUAGGGAGAGAGAGGAAUUUAUGCAUUCAAGGGAUCUUAUAGAUGUCAUUUUCCUCUUGGGUUCCUUUACAGUGAAGAUAAAAAACACUAUAGUACAUGAGAGACAAAAGAUUGGUCUUGCUAUAACUUAACAUUCCAAAAAAAAAAGCACUAAAUACUGACAGUGCAUACGAAAAUCAGUACUAACCAACACUCAUACUAUAAUCCCUCGUUGAAGUUUAGCACUUGUAUAGCUUGUUUGCCACUGAACCUAUGUCUUCCAUUCACUUCUAUCAGACUGAAACACUGCCCUCUUCACAAGUACUGAAACAAAACGAUGAAGUUGAUCAAAUGAAGCACAUGUAGCAUUAGCUCAAACUGGCCGUGUAUGGCAUUUACCUGAAGGAUUCUCUAUAAGAAAGUGGUGGAAAACGACUUCUCUUUAUCUCUCAUGUACUCACACGAGAUUGCCCGAACAUCUAUAUGGGAGACCAAAGGUCCUGUAGCAAGCACUUGCUGAAUGACCUUGUGUAAUGUAUAGUAGAUUAGGAGGAAUAUUCCAUUGAGGAUGAGCUUGUACUCGCCCUCACACUGCCCAUUGCCUCUAUUUAUUACAAAAACAUUCCUCUAAAAGUAAGUAAACUGCCACUAGCAUCCCAUUCCUAUAUGCACAUUUCACUAUUACAAGUGUGUCCCCAUGUCUGACUGACACAGUGAGACAGGAGGAGCAAAAAGACUGACUCAAGGAGCCAGAAGUCUAAGAGACGAUGGUCAGUCUUUUUUUGAAUAUCGAGGGAUAUUGCCCUGCCUAAAUUUAAACGAAAAGGACACCCUUGCCACAAGGACACUUUUCACGUCACAUAAAGCUGGACAUUAGCUGGAAAUUCUAAUGAAAGGGACCAAUCAGAUACUCGCUUUUCCUUAAACAAAGGCCGACACUGCCAAUAAAGGCACAAGAAUCUAGAGUUUAAUACUGCCCCAUCUCUCUCUUGUCCCUCUUGCUGCCAACGACUGCCAAGUCGAUGUCAAGAUAAGGAUGGCCCAUCAAGGGAGCCCUUAAGCAAAGGGGAAAAUGAGACGAAAUGGACCAAUAGUAGAGCACGUGUGGAAGUGUACAAAGAGAACAAAUCUAUAUUUUGAUAAACAAAUCAACUAUCCGUGGCUUCGGAGGAAGUUUCGGAGCAGAAAAGGUCCAGAAUGGAAAAAAAAUAAUCAGAUGCAAGUGUUGAUAGAAAGUUUGGCAUCAUGAAAUGGAGUCAAAGGCCUGGAAAAAAAGAUGGGAAGUUAAUAUUUUGUUAUGAUGAGCGGGCAAAGUUAUUUUCCCCACAAGCACCUGGAAAAUGAUUUUUUUUUUGAAAGACAAUGAGCAACGACAGACUCUCGCCUAUGAAGACAUUGGGACGACAAAGGACGGACGCUGAGACAAACAAAUGGAAAAAAAAGAUAAUGCAUUUUUGUAACUUUGUUUACCAGCAUGACUAGUUUGCAUGACUGUCUUUUCUGCAAGCCCUUAGUUCAAGACAAGGGUGCUAGAGAUACAAAAAAAGUAUACAUAAAAUGAAUUAAAAAAAUGUUAUAUGCAAUUAAUGUUUUAAAAAAGAUUAUAAUGAAAGAGAAGAGCUAUAUUUUGUUUUGAAAAGUAAAAAAAAUGUGAAUAUUGAAAAAUGUAUGUUUGCAAAGUACACCCUGAACUAUGUUUUGUUUGAUGAAAUCUCUCUGCUACUACUGCCCUACAUUCCCCAUUCCAGUGUUUUUAACUAUAGUUUUACUUUGUUAUGCAUCGAGCAGUAUAUUUUCUAGACCAUUCACUCAACAGUGAUCAUUGCAGACCUUGCCAAACUACAGUACAGCAUUUGCGCACAGGUUGUUUGUUGUUAGUCUAUGUGUUCCUCCUUGAAUCAUUUGCACAACUACCGUAGCAGCAGCAGCAACAGCAGCAGCAGUUGUAAAACAACCGCUUCCCCAUACCGCAACUUUGGCUGCUUUAUUAGUACUCAUAGUUUGCUUUUUUUCUUUGGCAAUAAUACAAGAGUUGUCACAUGAUUGUAGCAGGGCAAACGGAGAACCUCGAGAGUAUCUUCAACGCCUCAGUGUUAAAGAGAUUCGUAAAGGCCCAUGGCAGGAUUUUUCUGGGAUAGGCAGUUCUGUUCCACUAGCCCUAAGUAAAAAAAAAAAGGGAAUACAAGUGCAGGUUAUCCAAUAAAGACCAAUAACAGACUAUAAAAGAUGCUAUACUGGCGAACAAUCAAGAGAGAUUUCAGGUUUGCAUGGAACCAACUGCCAUUCCAAAGUUUGUGUGUGGUUUAAAGGACUCAGGUGUGUCGGUGGUGUGUGUGGAUGUAGGUGUUUUCUUUCUAACAUAAUAAAUUCUAGUAUAUAGACAACGAUAAUGUGAACACCUCACCGUGAUGUGUAAAAAAACGCAUGCAUUAUGACUUGAUUAUCUCUCAAGGGGGGAACAGAGUCUUGACAUAAACCCCUUAGCCUCCUGUCAUUGUUUGUCCUGAAUCCAGUCCUGAUAACUAUGAACACUGUGCCGUGUCGUAGAGCAGAAACGUCUUCCUUCGAGAGGCAACUGAAAACUACUCGCACUCACAGUGUCAGCAUGAGUGUGUAGAGGUAGCUCGUCGUUGUUUUUUUUUUUAGAUGGUCAGGUCUUUGCAUUCGUCAUUACCCGCGGAGUAAGCGUCAUCCAGCUGGCUAGUCGGCAGCUCGUUACAGCACACAACACAGUUACGUGAGCACCAAUCAAAGAGACCCAGAGCUUCCAAACUGAUGUCAGUGAAGUACUUUAAGUGUUGCGAUAAAUAGAGGAUGAGAGAUACCAGUGUCCACAGAGAGGAGAUUGAUGUAAAAAAACAAAAAAAAAGCAUCUCAUCGUUGGUUUGGUAUUGAAGUGAGUUUCAGGCCCUGCUGGUCCGGGGCUCAGCUCAGGCAGCUGAAUGGUCCUCAAUCCAUUCCCAGUACAUUAGAGUUGGAGGCUCACCAGGAUAUCGUGUGAUGUAGACUUCAUAGAGAGUUCAAGGUUUUACAGGAGCUUCUGUUUAUUUGCAAAUACGGUCCGUGGGAUUUUGUUUUGGUCCCUUACCUUUUUAAAGUUCCCUCCCAGCAACUACGGCUUCGAUGGUCACGAAGAUGUUUAUAAUAUUUCAGAGGUAAACUUCUAGCAUUGGUGUGCACACUUGCAAAAACUUUGUGCUCCACCCACAUGUGUUUUCAUGGCCGAGUCUUUUUUGUUUUCCUUGUGUUUCGCUGUUACUUUCGCCAUGUUUCUUCAUUCUCUUCAUUGUGACUGCUCUGCCAAUGCCAGGCUGAAAAAGAUGUCUUUCCUUUUUCUAUUGCAUAAUACUGCCGUUUGAUUUAGUCAUGUUGAACAGAAUGAGUUACAAUGUUGAGAGUGCUAAGUCUGUUUUAUUUUCUAAAGUUUCUGCGAUCAAUGUUCAAGAUUUCCUGUGUAAACACUAACAUAAACCAAAAGAUCAAACAUGCUUUACAUGGUAAGUAGGUGCCACUGUAAACUUAACGACUACUUUGUGUUGUGACGAUAUAAUGACAUGUCCUCUCCAGGUGUUUGGAAGGUGUUAUGUGGUCUUUGGUUGACACAUCCUCUACGAAAUCCGUUGACAUUAUUUUAUAUGUGCCUGUUUUCUGUUGAAUAUGUUUUUUGUUUUUUUAAAUUGAGGACACUGUAUGCAAUCUGCACCACGAAUGCCACUGAUCGACACUUACUGUAUGCUCCCUGAGACACAGAUGUUCUGUCAUCAGUUCAGAUGAUUGCAACCACAUGUGUAGUGGCUUUAUGGCUGUCCAUAAAGUGACUUAGCAAUCACAAUAAUCGAAAAAAAAAAAUUAUUUUACAAAGUGAUAAGACCAGAGUUGUUUUAAAAGGGAUGUUAUCAUACUAAAUAGAUUUUUGUAAUAUAUUUAUAAUUUUAAUUAGGAAUAAUGCGACGAACACCACAAAAGUCAUACAGACAUGCAUACAUCUAAUAUUACAAGCUAGCAUCAUGCAUUCACGUAAGCAUUCCAAAGAUAAAAGAUGUAUGUUCAUUUUACAUGCCAUCAAAUUGUAUAAAACAGACUUAGGUACUAGUCCAUUGUACUGCGGUCUAAGUAGGAGAGUGAAUGGGGAGAAGAGGUGGUCACUGGAGUAUCUGGAUGUGACUUAUGCCGGAUUUUAUUUUUGAAAUGUUGGGACACAAAGAACAACUCAUCAAGAAACUGUAUAAAGUAUAUUUCAAUGGAAUGUUCAUGAUCUAUCUUUUUAUAUUUUGAAGAAAAAAUAGAAACAUAUCAAUAAAGUGUCAUAAUUGAACUAAUUUCUACUAAUGAGACUUAACAUGUAUGAAUGUCAAUGCGAUCUAAUGUGAGCCAAUCUCCAUAGCAGCUUGAAUGAUCAACUGAUUAACAGUCAUGGGAUGCUUUUUCAAAGACAUUAACAUUGCUUAAAAAUCAUUGAAAUGAACUUAAAAUAAAUGAAAACAUUAACAUCAA